AUGCUGCAAGAUCCAAAUGCUGUUGCUGGUGCCGGAGGUGGAAUUUCCGGUGUGAAUGUUGCUGCCGGAGGAGGCGCAAUGGCUGCUGCUGCUGGUGCUGGUGCUCCGCCACCAAACUUCGCCAUUGAUCCCUUCGAUAGAAAAAAGUUGAAGUGGAUGCGGUGGGUGGAGCGAUUGGAGAAUGCUUUUGUCAUUUACGGCAUCGCCGAUCAAGCGAUGCAGAAAAGUUUGCUGCUGCACCAUAUGGGGUGCGAAACUUACGACGUCGUCUGCGACAAGAUCGCACCAGCUACGCCUCGGAAUAAAACGUAUGCCGAGAUUGUGAACCUUCUCGAGGGAUUUUUCAACCCCCAGCCGCUGGAAAUCAGCGAAAAUUUUCGAUUUAAGUGCCGCCGCCAAGGCGAUAAGGAUGCUGCUUCUCCCGACGAGACGGUCGACGAGUAUCUGGUGGCAUUGCGGCGAAUAGCCGUUACGUGCAAUUUCGGUGCAUAUCUCGAAACGGCCCUGCGGAAUCAGUUGGUUUUCGGUAUCAAACGGAACGAUAUCCGGAGCCGGCUACUAGAGAGGCGACAGCUGACCCUUCAAGAUGCUCGAGACGUUGCUGUAAGCAUGGAGCUUUCCAGGAAAGGAGGUGCGGAAAUUGAAGGGAAUCUGGCCAAGCAAGAGGUAAACGCCGUGCAUCGCCCGACCGGACAAAAAGGUAAACAAGAGAAGCAAAACAAAAUAAACGCUGGGGUGAAGUCUUUUAUUAAAGUGGGGCGAAGUGCGAGCGAUUCUUCUUGUUUUCGCUGCGGGGAAAAGUCGCACUUUGCAAAUACAUGCCGCCAUAAAGACACUGUGUGCUCGUUUUGCAAAUUGAAGGGACAUCUCGCAAAAGUGUGCAUGAAAAAGUCGACCUCCGGGAGGUCGGAUGUAAGCCGCUCCGGGAAGAAAACGAAUGCGGUGCAAACGAACUAUUUGCAUCAGUCCGGUGACGGUGACGAUCGCGGAAGUGCACCAGUGCGGGAGGUGUGCAACGUAGAUGCAAGAUCCGGUAGUGCUCGUUUCCUGUUGGACGUACUAGUGAACGGGAAAAACAUUCGGUUCGAAGUGGACACUGGAUCGCCGGUCAGUAUCGUAAGCGCGAAAUGCAAAGACAGAUAUUUUUCUGGACUACGAAUGCGUGAUUGUAGCACAAAUCUCGUGAGCUACUGCGGAACCAGUAUCGAAGUUCUGGGUAUAAUCGACACGCGGGUCGAAUACGGCGGUGAAAAAGUUACGUUACCGUUGUACGUUGUGCAAUCCGAAAAACAUCCACUUCUCGGGCGCGAGUGGUUAAAUACGAUUCCGGUCGACUGGAACACCGUGUUCCACAAUCGCGGCGCAGUGAAUGCGAUUUCGAAUGCUACUCCCUCGCGCACGGCUGCUCUCAAGCAGAUACUGGAAAGAUUUCCGAAAGUGUUCGACGACUCCAUCGGGAAGAUCUGUAGUGUUCAAGCCAGCCUACCGUUGAAGAAGAAUGCCAGGCCGGUGUUUCUGAAGGCGAGGAAGAUUCCAUUCAAUCUACAGAAGACGGUGGAAGAUGAAUUAGACAAGCUUGAAGCAGAAGGUGUGCUAACGAAGGUAAACCAGAGUAACUGGGCUACGCCGAUCGUUCCAGUGAAGAAGUCCCAAGGCCGUGUGAGAAUUUGUGGGGACUAUAAACAAACGGUCAAUCCAAAUCUUCUCGUAGACCGCCAUCCACUGCCUACGGUGGAUGAACUUUUCGCGUCGUUAGCUGGAGGACAGAAAUUUUCCAAAAUUGACCUCGUGCAAGCAUAUUUGCAGCUUGAAGUAGCCCCGGAGGACAGGGAAAUACUUACCUUGAGUACGCAUCGUGGCUUGUAUCGUCCAAACCGACUCAUGUACGGCGUCGCGUCGGCGCCAGCAAUCUGGCAGCGUCAGAUAGAAGUGAUUCUACAGGGAAUCGAGGGAGUGCGAGUGUUUCUCGACGAUAUAAAGGUCACGGGACCGAGCGAUGAAGUGCAUCUUCGGCGUUUAGAAGAGGUUCUCCUGAGGCUAGACCAACAUGGUAUUCGAGUAAAUAAAGAGAAGUGCGUAUUCUUUGCGGAGCAGAUCGACUAUUGCGGAUAUGCCAUCGAUAAGGAAGGAAUCCAUAAGAUGCAGGAGAAGAUUACAGCGAUUCAAGAUAUGCGUCAGCCAAAGAACAAGGACGAAGUCCGGUCGUUCGUUGGCCUGAUUAACUACUACGGAAGAUUCUUUGAGAACCUCAGUACGGUUCUUUAUCCUUUGAACAACCUUCUGAAAAAUGAUGUGCCGUUCAAGUGGACAAGGCAGUGCGAAGUAUCAUUCAGAACCGUGAAGAAACAAAUGCAGUCGAAUAGUUGUCUUGUUCAUUAUUCGCCGGAACUACCGUUGCUUCUUGCAACCGAUGCGUUGACCUAUGGUGUUGGUGCGGUGCUUAGACACCUAAUGCCGGACGGAACGGAGCGUCCGAUACAAUUUGCUUCUCAAACGCUCAACCGAGUUCAACAAAAGUACAUGCAAGUUGACAAGGAGGCUUAUGCCAUCAUUUUCGGCGUCAAGAAGUUCUUCCAAUUCUUGUACGGCCGGAAGUUCACGCUUAUCACUGACAACCAAGCAAUAUCCAAAAUAUUUGGAGAACACAAGGGGCUGCCGGUAAUGUCCGCCAUUCGAAUGCAACACUAUGCAACAUACCUGCAGUCGUUCGACUAUGAGAUCCGUUUCAGGAAGUCUUCUGACCAUGCUAAUGCAGAUGCAAUGUCCCGAAUUCCUCUGGAUGAAGCGGAUCCGGACAAUUUGAUGGAGGAAGCUGAUGUCAUCGAGUUGAACCAAAUUGAAACACUGCCGCUGACUGCUGCAGAACUUGCCCAGGCCACAGCUGAAGAUAAGACGGUGCGGAAUCUCAUCCAAGGGAUCAAGUAUGGACAACCAGUGGAUGGUAAGGAACGUUUCGGAGUGGAUCAGACCGAGUUCUCACUCCAGAAAAGUUGUUUGCUACGCGGUAUACGGGUCUAUGUUCCACCUGUGUUACGAAGAAGAGUGCUGGAAGAAUUGCAUUGUACCCAUUUCGGUACGACACGGACAAAGUCCUUAGCCAGAGCCUACUGCUGGUGGGUAGGAAUGGAUCACGAUAUAGAGGAGAUGAUAUCCAACUGUGCCGAGUGUCAAUCGGUCCGACCCGAUCCAGUGAAAACCAGAAUGCAUUGUUGGGAAACGCCGACGAUGCCGUUCCAGAGAGUCCAUGUGGAUUUUGCUGGACCUUUUCAAGAUACCUACUUCUUCAUAUUGGUUGAUGCGUACAGCAAGUGGCCGGAGAUUAAAGUGUGCAAGUCUACUACUGCGGAGAGUACGGUGAUGAUGUGUCGAGAAAUAUUCGCUACAUUCGGAAUUCCAUCGGUGCUAGUUAGCGAUCACGGAGUGCAAUUCACUUCGGAGGCGUUCCAACAGUUUUUGCGGAUGAACGGCGUAGUGCACAAAAUGGGAGCUCCAACUUUCAAACAAAAGCUAAAAGCUAUGAAGUGCCCGAAAUCCGAUUUCAACAUGGAGAUCUCGAACAUCCUGCUGACAUACCGGAAGAUGCUGCAUCCUUCCACAGGUCAAUCGCCGUCCAUGCUGAUGUUCGGCCGUCAAAUCCGGUCGAGAAUCGACCUCAUGCUACCGAAGAACGAGCCGACUUCUACGAAGGAUAUUGCAGUACGACUGUUCAAGGACGGAGACCGCGUUCGUGUGCGAGACUUCCUUUCGCGAGACAAGUGGAAGUUCGGGAAGAUCGUGGAGAAAGCUGGUAAACUGCGGUACCUGGUCCGCCUAGAUGACGGAAGAGUUUGGGAACGCCACAUUGACCACAUCGCUGGAGUAGGUGCGCAUUUGCGUGAAGAAUUGGUGAACACUCCUAGGGAGGAGGUGAACACUGAACGAAUGGCCUUUACGGUUCCUGUUUCUGCUCCGGUGGCAACUGCUAUCGAGCCUGCUGGUGAAGUGGCUGUUGCCGCCCUCGAGUUCUGCGGCGACCAGGACGCCCCAAUCAGCAAAUAG